AUGGACCCUCCUCCACCAAUAGAAGAAGACACAAAUUUUGACGAGGAACAGCACCAGCAGUAUCGCGAUGAGAAAACACCCUUGAUUCGCCAUGGCUCCCGAAAGACAGAGCCCCGACGACCAUCGGCACAAGCCAAGACGGUCAAACAAUUGAGCACCAUUUCCGAUUAUUCUACCGGUGGUAAACGAAGUUUUGACGAGGGCGACGACGAUGACAAGAGUCUAUCCAACUAUUCCAUCGGAGGAGAAUCCGUGACUUCGUUAAAGUCGUUGGCCACGGUAUCGCUUGCCAAUUUCCGAGAAGGUUUGCAGAUUCCGUUUUACGACGAAUCUGGCACGAGGGAAAAGAUUGUUUGGGGUUUGGGAUCCCUCUGCAUAUUGGGAACUAUUUUGGGUCUCAUCAUGCCCAAGAACAUUUAUCUUUUUGGAAAAUGGUAUCCCUAUUACCGAUGGGUCAGUUCCAUUAUUGGAUACAAUUACUUUGUCUUGUGGAGUGUGUGCUUUUAUCCACAAGUAUUGCUGAAUUACAGACGAAAGUCCACCCAAGGAUUGAGCAGCGAUUUUGCCAUUUUGAAUUUCAUGGGAUGGAGCUUUUACUCGGCCUACCUUGGGUCCAUGUACUUUAACGACGAGAUCAAACGCAUGUAUUCGGAGCGAUUCGCCAACGAAUCGUCGUCGGUCCAGAGUAACGACGUUGCCUUUUCCUUCCAUGCCAUGAUAUUGAGUUUUAUCUAUUUGGUGCAGAUCUUCUAUUAUGGAGAAGGUUUCUUUGCAGUAUUUCAUCUCAAGCUCACGACUUGGGUGUUGGUCCUUGGAAUGGGAUUGCCCAGCGCCAUUGUGCCCGUUUUGAUUCGGCUCGGGUAUUUGUCCUAUUCCAGAUGGCUGGAUUACUUUUACAUUCUUUCCUUUUUCAAGAUUUGCUGCACUUUGACAAAAUAUUCCAAACAAGUCAUGUUGAACUUUAAGCGAAAAUCCACCUCGGGAUGGAACAUUUGGUACAACUUUUUGGAGUGUUCUGGUGGCUCCCUCAGUAUGCUUCAGAUUGUUUUGGAUGCGAUGGAUAUGAAUGAUCUCACUGGAAUCACUGGCAACAUGGCCAAGUUUGCUCUUGGGUUUGCAACGCUAUUCUUUGAUGGUAUCUUCUUUACGCAGCAUUACAUUCUCUAUCCACACAAGGACGAAAGUGUCAACGAUGAUGCUGAUAAAGAGGGAGGAAUUCCACGGGUGAUUGGGGCAGUACCAACUCACGUUCGGACGAAUAGUAGGCUCCAUGUCCCAGAAGACGGAAUUGUCAACAAGGAUUCCUUUGAUGAAUAA